AUGGAUGCCAAUAGUGCUCAGCUAAAGACUAAGCUGAAAGAGCGACGCUCUACCAUCAAUGUGCUGGGAGCCAGUUUCUCACAGACCAUUGAGGAAGAAAAAGCCUUUUAUUUCUCCCAGGGCAGUUCUGUUAAGCCAUGGAACUCUAUGGAACACCUGGACAGCCCUGCUCCUGAGGGUCAGAUCCCAAGACACCAAAAAGAGACGUUGAGACCACAACAAAACAUGAACAUCAACGUAGGGGGAAAAGUCUUUCACAUUCCCAAGAAGAUGGCAGUCAGAUUCCCUCGCACACGGAUAGGCUCCUUGGCCCUGUGCACCGACCGCGUCAAACAGCUCACUCUGUGUGAUGACUACUCAGUGCUCACCAACGAGUUCUUCUUCGAUCGCGACCCAACUUUCUUUUACUACAUCUUUCACUUCUACAGCAGCGGUGUUCUGUGGGUGAUGCGGGAACUGUGCCCUAUCAACUUCGAGGAGGAGAUGCAGUACUGGGGCCUGAGCUGGAACGACACCCAGCGCUGUUGCCGUAUCCUGUUUGAGGAGAAGGUGGAUGAACUCAGGGACAAUCUGAAGGUGGAGAAGGAACUCUUAGCGGAGAUUGAGAUAAAGCAUGAUGAGGAAGGCUACAAGACCAUGUUCCUGGGUGGAGUUCGCAAAGACCUCUGGGACCUGAUGGAGAACCCUUACUCCUCGCUGUCGGCGAAAUCCUUUGCUGUUUUCUCUAGCCUCUUGGUGCUCAUCUCCAUCGUGGCUAUGACCCUUAACACUGUGAAGGAACUGAGGACCCACACCCUCUCUGGCAAGACCUACCUGGAAUGGGUAGAGAUUUUCUCCAUUCUCUUCUUCACAUUUGAGUACUUCAUGCGCAUUGUCACCACUUGUGACAUAAAGCACUUCGUCAAAAGCGCCCUGAACUUGGUGGACCUGGUGGCUGUCAUGCCCUACUUUAUCCAGCUGAUAUUUGAAGCGUUUGCCAACGUAGAGGACCUCAGUGCCCAGGAAGAUCUCAAAACCCUGGCUCGUGUCAGCAAGGUCAGCAAAGUGCUCAAAGUUGUCAAGCUGAUGCGCAUCUUUCGCAUCCUGAAGCUGGCCCGCCACUCCACCGGCAUGAGGGCAUUUGGGUUCACCCUGCGCCAGUGCUACCAGCAGGUGUGUUGCCUUUUCCUCUUCAUCGCCAUGGGCAUUUUCAUGUUCUCUGCCCUCCUGCAUUCGGUAGAACGGGAUGUCGAGGGCUCUCCAUUCAGGAGCAUUCCUGAUACCUGGUGGUGGGCUACAGUGAGCAUCUCCCAAGUGGGUUAUGGGGACGUGGUGCCCGUAUCCCUCCCGGGCCGCGUGGUGGCAUUCUCCUGCAUCUUCUUCGGCAUAAUACUCAAUGGCAUGCCCAUCUCCCUCCUCUUCAACAAGUUCUCGGACUACUACGCCAAGCUCAAGUACCAGGAGUCCACCUCAAUCAGUGUGAAACGCCGCUUGAUGCUCAAGGCCCGUCUCCGUCGCAAACUGGAUGUGUGCUUCAAUCCCUCUGUGGGUGACCUGGAGGAAGACAGAAGCCACUGAGCUCUAGACAGGAUGUACGUUUUUUACAUUGCAGGUUUUUUUUUCAAGAAUUCUCUACCAAAUCACCAGUGGGGAGGUGGGGUAUGGUCUGGACUAAUAGGAUUGAAAUAGAGCUAAUGAUAAGGACGGGGGACACACGAAGCAGACUCAUAGAGAGGAUGUACAAGGGAGGAUGUGGGUGUCACCUUAGGUCAGGGCCAUAUACUGCCAUCUUGAGCAAUUUCCUGUUACUGUAGAGCAGUUCCUAUAAAAGUC